AUGAGCUGCAGGCGAGCACGCUCGAGUGCGUUUGUGUUUCAGGACAGGGCGAUCACCGCAGAACGCAGAGCUGCAAACCUUGAAGCAGCACUAAAAAAGGUGAGAAGGCAGCUGCGCCUUCGAAAGGAGCGGACGGAAUGUCGGCAAAGCUCCCAGCAAGAGCAGAAGGAGUUCUGGCAGUGGCGGGGCCAGCGUUCUCGCGCCUCCUGGAACGCAGCAAUUGCAGCGGCAGAGGCUCGACAGGGAGCAAGGCUGGCGAAGCUGGCGGAAGGUGGCUGUGUGAGGAUGCAGGAUAAGAAUUCAUGCUUUGAAGCACCUGCUGGAAGUGAAGAAAGGAAUGGCAACACCCCCAGCCAGCUUAUCACACCUAUCCAUUCCUUCUCUCUAAGUCCAUAUUAA